CCGCCAUGUCCGGCCCGGACAUCACCCGAUCUGAUGCCUGUCUGACGGCGUGACACUCGUGGAUUUCGACGCCUUCGGGUUGGCGCCCACUUUGGGUCCGUCUCCGGGUUGGCCACCGGCUUCCCCACGGGCAGAGAUUUUUCUGUUCUUAAAUAUCCCGAUCUCCCGUGCUGUUUACGAUUUUUCUUUUGUGUUCACUGUCACCUUCCUCUUUCUCUCUUUCUCUCCUUACCGGCUUCAUCUCUUUCUUUUCUUCUUUUCUCCUUUUCUCUGUUGUUUACUUGUUUACUUGUCAUCAUGGGCGUCGAAUCCUCCGCCCACCAUGGCGAGAACAUCUCGCCGGCUCCUCAGCCCGAGUCCCCGGCUCAGAAGCCCAUGAAUGUCGGCGUUGACACCCCGAUUCCACGGCUGACGCUGCGCACCUUUGUCAUGGGUGCUUUCGUCUCCAUCGGUGGUCUGCUCUUCGGUUAUGAUACCGGUCAGAUCUCCGGUUUCCAGGAGAUGAGCAACUAUCUCGAGCGCUACGGUGAAAUGCAGCCCGAUGGCUCGUUUGCCUUUACCAACAUCCGCUCCGGUUUGAUUGUUAGUCUGCUGUCCAUUGGUACCUUGAUCGGUGCUCUCUGCGGUGCGCCCCUGGCCGACUGGCUGGGUCGGAAAUGGUCCAUUACUGUCUGGUGUCUCAUCCUCAACGUCGGUCUGGUCGUUCAGAUCAGUACCCCUGCUGGCCGUUGGUACCAGAUGGUCAUUGGUCGAUGGGUGACUGGUCUUGGCGUUGGUGGUUGUUCUCUUGUCGUUCCCAUGUAUCAGGGUGAAUCCGCCCCCCGUCACAUCCGUGGUGCCAUCAUCUGUUGCUACCAGCUUUUCGUCACCCUCGGUAUCUUCCUCUCCUACCUCAUCAACCUGGGCACCGAGAAUAUCGAGGGUAGUACCGCCCAAUGGCGUAUCACUCUGGGUCUGACCUUCCUCUUCGCCAUCGCCCUCGGUGGUGGCAUGCUCUUCUUCCCCGAGUCGCCUCGUUUCGACUACCGUCACGGCCGUGUCGACAACACCCGCCGCAACCUCGCCAAGUUCUACGGUAUCCCCGAGAACCACAACCGCAUCAUCGAAGAGUUGAACGAGAUCCAGGAGCAGCUCGACGCCGAGUCCCAGGAGCAAAAGUGGUACGAGUUCCUCGUUGCUCCUCGCAUGUUCUACCGUAUCGUCCUGGGCAUGGUUCUUCAGUCGUUGCAGCAGCUCACCGGUGCCAACUACUUCUUCUACUACGGUACCACCAUCAUGCAAGGUGCCGGUAUCUCCAACAGCUUCGUCACUCAGGUCAUCCUGGGUGCCGUCAACUUCGGAACCACCUUUGGCGGUCUCUACGUCGUUGAGAACUUUGGUCGUCGCAAGUCUCUCAUGGUCGGUGCCGUCUUCAUGUUCAUCUGCUUCAUGGCCUUUGCUUCCGUCGGUCACUUUGCUUUCGACCACGUCACCCCCGAGAACACCCCUGGUGCCGGUAAGGGUAUGGUCGUCCUCGCCUGUCUGUUCAUCACUGGUUAUGCGAUGACAUGGGGUCCCAUGAUCUGGGCUAUUUGUGCCGAGCUCUUCCCCUCCAAGUACCGUGCGAAGGGUAUGGCCCUGGCCACCGCCUCCAACUGGGCAUGGAACUUCCUCAUCGGAUUCUUCACCCCCUUCAUCACCAACGAGAUCGACUUUGCCUACGGCUACGUCUUUGCCGGCUGUCUCUUCUUCGGCAUCUUCGUCGUCUACUUCUGCGUCAUUGAAGGACGCGGCCGCACCCUCGAGGAACUCGACUGGAUGUACGUCAACCACGUUGCCCCGUGGAAGAGCGAGUCGUAUGAGAUUCCUCGCAACGAGAUUGCAUACGACACCACGCCCCGGAAGGAGCAGGAGGUGUCGCAUGAUGAGAAUGCAUAGACGCAUUUCAUGAUUGAUGUGUUUUGUUUUGUAUAUAUCGACUGCUCGAUUUUGCCUUGUUGCCUUUUUUUGAUAUCCUCUUGUUGUAUAUAGACUUAAACGUGGUAUGUCAUAUCUUUUUACCACUCCCUGCAUAAUCGUGAUAGAUUACCUAGAAUGAAUUGAGCUAUUUCACGAAC